AUGUCCCGACAGCUGAGCAAAGGCCUUAGCAAGAAGCGACCUUUGUCAGUAGAGCUUAUGCGGGCGCCGGCAUCUGAACGCGAAAGCCGAUUGGUGGUUGCACUGAUUAGGGCGCAAAGCGAGUGUGUCGACGCGAUUCGUCUCUAUUUCAGGAUGGAGUUCUCAACGCUACCGACCGAUCGUGAAGACUCCACAGAGUCUAGGCUGACUGCAACUUCAGCUGCCUCAUCGGCUAGGGAAGAGCAACGAAGGCAAGUGCUGAAAAGUAUUGCCCACAUGCUGGACACAGAUGGCGAUGGCCUUAUUGACGGUGGCGACCUGCUUGGCGUUAUCAGGGGGCUUCAACAAAACCCCACGGAAGCCGAAUUUCAAGACAUGAUAUCAGAGGUGGAAAUGAACAGAGAUGGAUUCCUGGAUGUCGAUGAUUUCUGUGUAUUCCUUGAGCAGAAAACUAUUGGAUUCGAUAUCAGGACUAGGAUCAAGACUGUCUUCGAUGCAUUUGAUCACUCAGGUACUGGUCUAGUUCGGGCCGCUGACUUGCACAGAAUAAUGCUGGCGUUUGAUGAGAACAUUACACUCGAGGAAUGUGAGCAGCUCAUUCAGGAGGUGAGCUAUAGCAAGGAGUACUUGACACUGCAAGGCAAACCCUUUCUUUUCAUGGUCAUCCCACUUUUUUAG